AUGGAGUCGCAGGGCGGAGGACAGAGGCGUGACUUCACCCUGGGACCCUUCAGGCCGGACUGCUCCUACAGGACCAGAGCCUUCGCUGUCCUCAGGAUGCCUAACUCACUGCCCUUGAGGCUGCUGCUACCGCUAUGGCUGUGGGGGCUGCUGCUCCAGAGGGCGGAGACAGGCUCUGAGGGGCGCACAGCCGGGGAGCUGUACCGGCGCUGGGAACGGUACCGCAGGGAAUGCCAGGAGACCUUAGAGGCCACCGAGCCACCCUCAGGCCUCGCCUGUAACGGGUCCUUCGAUAUGUAUGUCUGCUGGGACUAUGCUGCAUCCAAUGCCACUGCCCGUGCGUCCUGCCCCUGGUACCUGCCCUGGCAUCACCACGUGGCUACAGGCUUUGUCCUCCGCCAUUGUGGCAGUGAUGGCCACUGGGGACCUUGGAGAGACCAUACCCAGUGUGAGAACCCAGAGAAGAAUGGGACCUUUCAGGACCAAAAGCUGAUCUUGGAGCGGCUACAGGUCAUGUAUACCAUCGGCUAUUCUCUGUCCCUUGCCACGCUGCUGUUAGCCCUGCUCAUCUUGAGUUUCUUCAGGCGGCUGCGCUGCACUCGAAACUACAUCCACAUCAACUUGUUCAUGUCUUUCAUGCUGCGGGCGGCAGCCAUCCUCACCCGAGACCGUCUGCUGCCUCCACCCCGCCCCUACUCUGGGGACCAGGCCCCUACCCUGUGGAAUCAGGCCCUAGCUGCUUGCCGCACAGCCCAGAUCGUGACCCAGUACUGUGUGGGCGCCAACUACACGUGGCUGCUGGUGGAGGGUGUCUACCUGCACAGCCUCCUGGUGCUUGUGGGGAGCUCCGAGGAGGGCUACUUUCGUUGCUACCUGUUCCUUGGCUGGGGGGCCCCCGCGCUUUUCGUCAUUCCCUGGGUGAUCGUGAGGUACCUGUACGAGAACACACAGUGCUGGGAGCGGAACGAAGUCAAGGCCAUUUGGUGGAUCAUACGCACCCCCAUUCUCAUGACCAUCUUGAUUAAUUUCCUCAUUUUUAUCCGCAUUCUGGGCAUCCUUUUGUCCAAGCUGAGGACACGGCAGAUGCGCUGUCCAGACUACAGGCUGAGGCUGGCUCGCUCAACGUUGACGCUGGUGCCCCUGUUGGGGGUCCACGAGGUGGUGUUUGCUCCUGUGACAGAGGAACAGGCCCGGGGUGCCCUGCGCUUUGCCAAGCUCGGCUUUGAAAUCUUCCUAAGUUCCUUCCAGGGCUUCCUGGUCAGCGUACUCUACUGCUUUAUCAACAAGGAGGUACGAAGAGCCCUGGCUGCCGCCUGCGCCCUCUGGCGGCAACGCGGGGGAACGGCGCCGCCUCUGAGCACCAUCCCGUUGCAGGUGCAGUCGGAGAUCCGCCGCGCCUGGUAUCACUGCCGCCUGCGCCACAGCUUUGGCGAUGAGCAGCGCCAGCUUCCAGAGAGUGUCUCUCGGGUCCUGCCCUCGGGGUCUGGCCCAGGCGAGGUCCCCACCUGCCGCGCCUCGUCCUUAGGGACCCUCCCUGGGCAUGGGGAUGAGGCCAGCCGGGUGUUAGAAAGUUACUGCUAGGUAGCAGAUUCCUGUCAGUUCAGUUAGUGCCUAUUGUGUGCUAGGCCCAGUGUGGGGGCCGCUGGGAAAAUGGGGGAGAAGGAAACAGGAAAACAAGGUCCCUGCCCUUCUGGAGAUUACAAUGGAGUGGGGGAAACAGAUGGUGAACAUAAAACAUCAAGUUACAUGCAUGCUGUGGAAUGGCUAAUGAAGGGAAAUUGGAAGGGGGCUAAAGGUGGUCUGGGAGGCCAUCCCUG